AUGGACGGACUUAUGCAACCAGAUCUGCCGACCUACGCAGAAAUGCAAAAUAUUUUAACCGAAUUAAAACACGUUAACGAACAACUCCGCCGCCAAGUGGUAGAACUACAAGCAAGUCAAAAAUUACUAGAAAUAUAAAAUAGUGAAUUGGUACUGGCAGCUAAAUCGUAACAAUUAAUUACAAAAAUAAACAACAACUUAGAAAAAAUGACCCCUAUUUCUAACAUAUCAGUUUUAAAAGAUGUUAACGAUACUUCAAAUUUAAACAAAUUAGUAACAAAAACCCGACUAAAAAUAAAACUCAAAAAAUAUAUAAGCCCCCACCAAUAACUAUUGAAGGUGUUAAACAAUUAAUAAAUUAAACCAAUUAUUAACGUGUGAAGAACCUGUAGGAAAUGAACAACAAUUCAAAGUCCUAGCAAAUGACGAGACGAGAAUCUUAACAAUAAACGAAAGUCAAUUCAGAAGUACAACCAAAAUAUUAGAAGAAAAUAAAGUUGAAUACCAUCGGUAUCAAUUAAAAAGUGAAAAACCAUUUCGAGUAGUAUUACGAGGUAUAAAUCAUGACUCAGAUAUAGGAAUAAUUACCAAUGAACUGUAUGACUAA